GCGGCCAAGGCAUCUGGAGCGGCCGAGUGGCUGCCACGUUUGGUGGAGAAGGACCUGACAGACCCACCUACACUCCUUCAACAUCCCUCAGUGGUUUUGGAGACUGGCAUGCCGCCCGAGGUCUGGCGUGUCUUCCAGGACAGUCUCCGACAGCAGGAUGGCGCAACGCCACAAAACGCCAUCACAGACACGGAAAGCCGGGCUGCCUCACACAGAGGAGCCGCACCCAUUGCACCACCUCGAGACCUGGUUGCGUUUCUGACAGCCAUUCACGGACCACAGAAGGGGAGAGUGACCAGCCAGCUGGACGCUUGCGACAUCUCCGCCGUGGACACGACCAACAUCCAGUUAUGGACGCGUGAUCGCCGAGCCACAUACCACAUGAUUGUAGUGGGCAGUCAGUUUCUCACGACCACCGAUGAACUGUGGGCCACUUCUCGGUCACACAUACAGCUCGAUGGCUCUCGGAACGUAGUGACCUGGACACUCCCCACUGGACCGCCGGAGACACAGGCAAUCACCGUUGACGUGUCCUUGGGGUGCAGAUGCCCAAUCAUGGGACAGCGGCUGUGCCCUUACCACAACAUGGUGGAGCUGCUGAACCUCACAGAUUCGAAAGGAGAGACAGAUCGGCCAUUCGCCCACAUGGGGGCCCAAAACCCCGCCGACCUCCUCAAGAACAUCGCCCACAUGUUGGAGAGUUCCAGGACCUCAGAGCAGCCAGUCCAGACGGAGCCACCUUCAGGUUGUCUCCGCGCCACAGGCGCACGUUUCUUGAGACGACUAGGUCUCAGCCCAACACUCAUCACACAACUCGCUCGUUGGGACAGUGACACGAUUUUGGGCGCCUUGGAUUGCAUCCAGCUUAGCACCGAUGUCGUCCAGCAGAGGACUGGCGACUCUCCGGGUGACAGCGAUGCAGAGAUAGAGGCCCUGAAAGCCGGCAUCCAGGCUGAUAUCUUGUCAAUGGCACACCAUUGCCAUCAAAUGAUCCGAGAGACCACAGCCCUCAACCGGGCCUGGUUGGCAACCGCAGAAGAGAAGCAGUAG